AUGCUACAGAUCGUCGAGAAUCCUAAUCUAUUGUCCACUAAUUUACAGGAGAAUUUAAGUGAUUAUGUGAAUGCUGUAUCCAGGUAUGUCCCUCACUUACCAGAGAGUAACAACACAGUUUUGAGGCAUUCUUCUGAUAUAGAAUGUCUCGCAUUGCAGAAUAAUUUUUAUUCUAAUCAUAAUAUAAGUUUUGAUUUAUGCAAAACUAUUGAACAUGUAGGCUUAGAUACAAAUGGUUCUGACUUCCUAUCUCAAAAUCUAUCAAAUUUCAAAGAAAUACCUAAAAAUAAUGAUGAUUUUGAAACGAAAAAUUGUAUUCAAACCUCAACUAGGCAGACAGGGGAACUUAUAUCUGUAGAAUCGUUAAGGAAUAAAUUGAAUCUGAUAGAAAAUAUAUCUCAUAAAAAAAUCAAACCCAAAAAGAGGUUCAAAUGUUCUCACUGUGACAAAAUAUUUGUUAGAAGACUAAGCUUGAAUUCUCAUACGGCGUUACACACAAAAAGUCGUCCAUUCAUUUGCUCCGAAUGUGGUAAAUCAUUCCCAAUCAAAAGUGAAUUAACAAUUCAUAAGAAAAUACAUUCUGCUCAGUACCAGUGUAAGAUAUGCUCGAAAACUUUUGUGGUCCCGAGCAAACUUGAAAGACAUUUAAGAAUACAUACAAACGAAAGACCUUUCACAUGUGAUUUUGCGAAAUGUGGAAAAAAAUUCUCAGACCGAAGUAACUUGUUUGAACAUAAAGAAACCCAUAAAGAUGGUAGACAUUUGAAAUGUGCCAGUUGUGAGAAAUGUUUUAAAACUAAGAGUCAGCUGAAAAGUCACAAAUUGAGCCAUAAUUCUGACGUUUUGUUUACUUGCGAUAUUUGUAAAAAGUCGUAUAAGUAUAAAACUACCCUGAUUCUUCACAUGAAGAAGCACAAUGGUUAUAUCUGUCCUUUCUGUGACUUAGAUUGCAAAAAACUGUCUGCUCUAGUUAAACAUAGGAGAGAGUGCAAUAAAAAUAGAAUAAAAACUAAAUCAUGUAUGCAACUCUCUUAGCUUUCUUAUUCUUUCAUAAUUUUCAAUUGCAAAAAUCAAAACUUUAUUCGAUUUAAGUAUGACAUGAUGUCAUGAACGUUGCAAAGACCUAAAAUUGUUGAACAGUUGAGAUUGAGAUGUCAUGUCAUACUUACAAAGAUAUAUCUUUGCUUACGAUGAAGGCAGUUUGAUACUUUUGGGAAAAUACAUUUCAAUGACAAAAGAGACGAUUGUGUUUAGAAGUGUAUCUUUAUUAUACUUUUCUUUAUAAAAAUAUAAAUUUUGGGAUAAUUCUGACUAAUGAAAACAUGUAUAGGUAUGUCAAGUUAUCCUUAAAAUGUUUAUAACAGUGUAUAAUAUGCUCAUAAAGCUAGUACACGUAAUAUAAAACAUAGUAGUUGUUGUGACAGCAUGGUUUGCGGUCACAGUGCAGUGCAUUUUUGAAAUAAAACGUUUCCAAGAAAAGCAUACAGCGUUUCAUCAAAAAUUAACCUUUGAUGAACUAUAUUUAAUUCAAUCAAGUUACUUUACAAAUUUAUUUGAAUUAUGAAGGUUAUUCUGAAUUAAAUUCGGUCAUUUGAUCUAUAAAACAAACUUGUACAAAAGUUUAAAAAAAUGACUGCCAUCACAAUCACUGCGUUUCUCCUAUAUGUUAAAACUUCGUAAAUUGUUAGUGAAACCACACAGAUUAAUAUUAAAAAAAAAAUGCAGAAUACUGAAUCUUAGUGCUUAUCACAGUUACUGAGGAUAAUCCUUGGAAAUGCCCAAAAAAUAUAUUAUAUCUCUCUUUUUUAUAUACAU